AUGUACACAUCAGUAUUAGAUUCCAUUAAUGCAAUAGAUAUCAAUAACUUGAAUGAGGAAAGUGAAUGCUCUGUGGCCAGCAAGACAACAUCUCGGCUCCUCAGGUUUGAGCGAAUAUUUGUAGUUCGGGUGCUGCUUGGAGGUGUUGGUGUGUUUGACAAGCUGAGCGAUUUGACAUUUUGGUACGAUGUUCCCACGUGGUGCCGCACCUCCUCGUGCGCAGGCGCAGUAGCUGGCACGCCGUUCAUAGCACCGCGCAAUUGUCAUAGCCGGCUCGCCCUGACAGCACUGCGCAGCUGCAGGAAGUCAGCAGGUUGUCGAUCGCAGCGGCCGCGGCGGCGAUUGCGCAGCCAUACUAACGGAGUGCAGUGCAUUUGUGUGGGCAGGACAGAGAGUUGCGCGUGCGCUCAACGGCGAACGCCUGACAACAAUGGGGUGACGGUUGGUCACGUGCUGCCGGCGGCUGGGGCGCUGUCACGUGCAGGUCGCCUGGACCCUGGAGCCGCCAUGAAGUGGUGCGGGCCGUUCCGUUUGCUCUUGAUGUUGUGGUUGACGGCGCCGUCCGGGCAACGAGCGGUCCCAGCCCGGGCACCUCCGUCUCCCGUGGAGUCUACCCAGUCCGAUGGCGACACGGCGUCGCUGAUAAUUGAGGUGGAUGAGGAGGCAGGACACAUCAGUACUACACCCGGUUUGUCCUCCCCCGCCGUCCAGAGCAACGGCGGGGCGUCCCCGCUGAAAAUCGAGAUCGACAUGGAAGAGUCGACGGAGAACGGGAUCGGCCAGUCCACGGCGGACGCCACCGAGCCCGUCUGGCACCCCUACCUCAUCAAGAUAUCGUCAGGCACCGGGACUGCCACUGCCACUGCUACCACCACGAGCAGCACCAGCACCAGCCCCAGCCCCGAGCCGGAGGUGCCCCCUGCGGCCUCCCUCAUGGAGGAGACCAUCGUCAUGCAGCUGCCUGAGCCCAAUCCAGAGAUCGUAAGCAGCACCCUGCCCCCUCCUCUGCUCAUCAUCGAGGAGCUGACCCCCAGCAGCCCAUCGGAGCGCGGCUCGUUGCUGCUGCUGGAGUCUCCGACGGAGUCGAUCCUUGUCCUGGAUGAGAAGGAGCAGAAGCUUAAGAGCAAGAAACAUUUGCUCGGCGAGGUGGAAGGGAAAGCCCCUCCUCACAAGCAGAAAGGCAGCCUGCCGCCCAAGAAGCAGAAAUCCAAAUCCCACAUCGAGGCAGGCAGCCAGCCGCCACCCAUCGAUCAUACCGCCGGUGACAAAGAGACGAAAUCUCCCCACGUGUUAUUCCUUGUCGAGGAAGUCGAUCAGAACCCGAGCACCAUUCAGCAGCAUGAGCUUCCAGUGGCCGUACAAAUUAUUAGCGGCAACGCCACUGUCCCGGGCAUCAGCAUUCAGGAGGUAGACAGUGUCACUCGUGGCGAUGACAUCAGCGUCGAAGAUGUGAAUACUAUCGCCAAUUCCGCAGAUAUCAUUGUCAGCAAGGUCUCAGGCAAUGCCGUCGAGUACUUAGGCACGAGCAGUAGUGCUCCAGUUGUCAGUGGAGUUGAUAGAGACACUACCACCACUUGCCAUGAUACCAUUGUCACCAAGGUCCCAAACAAUACCAUUGAGGACUUGGGCAGCAGUAGUAGUGCUGUUAUCAUCAGUGGCACGGAUAUAAAUGCUGUCAACAAAACCUCAGACAUCAUCAUCACCAGCGUCCCAGUUACUGGCGUGGAGGACACUAGCACCAACAGUAGUGCUGUGAUCAUCAAUGGUACGGUUACAGAUACUAUCACCAAAACCGCAGGCACUGACAUACAGGAGACAAUCAACAGCAGCCAUGUACCAGUCACCAUCAUAGAUACAGAGAGUAAUACGAAAGCCCCAGUCACGAGUGUCCAGGAGAGUGUCACGAGCACUGAUGUCCCAGUUGUCAUCACAAUUAUAGACACUAAUUCCAAAGCCCCAGUCACCAAUGUCCAGGAGUUUGUCACCAGCACUCAUUUUGAAGACAACAUCCCAGUUACGGACACUAAUUCCAAAGCCCAAAGCACUACUGUCCAGGAGGUUGUCACUGGCACUACUAAUGCCUCGGUCAUCAAUGUCACGAGUACAGACACCAAUUCCAAAAUCUCAGGUACUAGGACCCUGGAUCUUGUCACCAACACCAGUGCUCCAGUAAUUGAUGUCACUGAGACCAAUACAGUCACUGAAGUCCCGGCUGUCAGUGUCCAGGAUGCCAACACCAGCAUUGUUGUUUCAGUCAUUGGUGUUAGUGAGACCAAGUCUGCCACCAAAACACCAGCUACUAUCUUGACUGCUCAAGGCCCAACUCAUAAUGAUGAGAUGGACUCUGAAGUUGAAGACACUUUUGUUGAUAUAAGUGACAAAAGAAUAAGUGUUACGAAUGUUAUGGAUAAAAUAACAGUCCCAGAACCACAUUUCAAAGAAAUGUAUUUUGAUCAGCUUGUGGACCAUUUCAGUUUCACCGCCCAUCAAAAACUCUAUCGUCAAAGAUAUCUUCUUUCUGAUCAAUUCUGGAGCAAGAGUUUUGGACCAAUAUUCCUGUAUACUGGAAAUGAAGGUGACAUAUGGGAUUUUGCCAAUAGCUCUAGGUUUGUCAUUGAAUUAGCGUCUGAGCAGCAGGCCCUGGUCAUUUUUGCUGAGCAUCGAUACUAUGGAAAAUCCCUUCCUUUUGGCAAAAAAUCAUAUGAAAGAUCAAACAUGGAGUUUUUAACAGUGGAGCAAACUUUAGCAGAUUAUGUGGUUCUUAUUACAAAGCUGAAAACUGAUCUUGAUGCUAAAAGUUGUGCAGUGAUUGCCUUUGGUGGCAGUUAUGGAGGAAUGUUAAGUGCGUAUAUGAGAAUUAAGUAUCCGAAUGUAGUAGAUGGCGCUCUAGCAUCAAGUGCACCUGUGGUCUCCACAGCUAAUCUUGGAGAUAGUCGGCAGUUCUUUCAUGAUGUAACCAAAGGUUUUGAGCGUAACUCGCCUGAAUGUGUUUUGACAAUCCGGAAAGGGUUUCAGGAGCUUGAAUUUUUGGCACAACAACAAGCAUGGAGUAAGAUCACCAAUAAACUGUCUCUCUGUAAGGCAGUGAAAUCCAAGAAAGAUGUUGAUCAUCUCUAUGGAUGGGCAAGAAAUGCUUUUACUUACUUAGCUAUGUUCAACUACCCAUACAAAACUGAAGUAGGGAUACAUUUCCCUCCAAACCCAGUCGAUGUUGCUUGUCGUUAUGUCUUGAAAAGAAGUGACCACAUUGAAGGCUUGCUAGAUAUAUUGGGUAUAUUUUACAAUUCAACUGGGAGAAAAAGGUGUUUUGAUAUCUAUUCAGAGUACAUACAUUGUUCUGAUCCGACAGGAUGUGGCUCAGGCUCAGCAAGUCAAGCAUGGGAUUUUCAGGCUUGCACAGAGAUCAACCUGCUGUAUGAAAGCAACAAUGACACAGAUAUGUUCCCGGUCAUUCCCUUUACUGAAGCAAUGAGGAGGAAUUAUUGUCACAGUAAAUGGGGUGUAUACCCAAAUUCACAAUGGUUAAAAAUCCAGUACUGGGGAGAUGAUUACAAAGCAGCAAGCAAUAUAAUAUUUUCCAAUGGUGACUUGGAUCCCUGGGCAAAUGGUGGUAUUCUCAAAACAAUGAAUCCUUCAGUGAUUACUUUUGUUAUAGAGGGAGCAGCACAUCAUCUAGAUCUGAGAGCAUCUAACGUUGCUGAUCCACCAUCAGUUACUGUGGUUCGUAAAAUGGAAUCAAGCAUCAUCAGAGAAUGGGUGAAAAGUAGUCAACUUCGUUAUGUUUAACACAAGUCAGAUGUUAACAUCUGAUGAUGUUGAACCAAAAAUGUAUACAAUCAAAGGACUUUUGUUAAUGUUUGAAAAGAAUUAUGACAAGGAAAUGUAUGAAACAAUUAGUACUGGAGAGACGUAAUUUUGUAUAUGCAUUGGAACUGGAAAAAUUUUAUACAGUUGUCGUGUUUUAAAUGAAGUAAACAAUUUACAGACAAAUUAACUUUAUUUACAAUGUUGUCUAGAAGGGAAACAAAAUUACAUCUAAAACCCUGUCCAAAAUUUUAACAGUACAUUCAGUUCAAGGAAUGAUGGAUAAGGACCUAGAUUAAAAACUAUAUAUAAAUUUAAAACAAUUGAGUUAUUUAAUGAUCAAAGCUAAAGUAAAUAACUGUACAGAAGGGAUAUGUAUUAAUGGACAGCUGUAUCAAAGAGCCAGCACAGGCAUGAUGUUCUAAAUGGUUUCCUGUAUCAUACGUUUAACCACACACUUAAAUUAAUCAUAUACAUGUUAAAGUUUUUGUAGUUACAUAUUUCAGCAUUUAGAAUAAUAUUCACAAGGAAGUACAUAAAAUAUCUGCAUCCCCUUUCUUAAAUGGAUUGGAUCACCAUUGUGAAUGCCCACCAUCCAUUUCAUUGGAUUUAUCUUCAUUUCAAAGUACUCAUCCUUAUCUGUUUCAUUUCCCUUUUAGUCAUGGAGCUAUAAGACCCCACCCAGAUAACUACUAAAAUAAACUGUGCACAUUUAAGGCAGCCAUUUAAAAUUACGGCCAGUGGCACAAAAAUCAGAAGCAGCACUGCUUGUAACCUUUACAAUACUGCUUAAUUUCAUUUUGAAGUUAGAAAAAGGGGUUUCUCUACAGAAAAGCAACCUUGCAUUAACAAAAUGGAGCAGAUCGUCAUGUGCUGCUGGUUCCAUAAAAUCUAAGGGUCCAAACAGGUAUUAGUUCACUGUCUCUCAAAGACCAAUCAAGCUUUACAACAAUUUUGAAAAUUUAAUCAGAUUACUGAUCUCAGAUAACUUGCACAACUUACAUAUUAUGGCUCAUAUCCUAAAUUAUAACCAUGUUUAUAUUAAAUUUAAAAUACUCAUGUUGCAUUUUACUCCUUCAACCAGCCACAGAUGAACUUCAUUGUUAAAGCAAUAAAAGCAGCCAAACAUUUCAUUUGAAGUUCCUAAGAGAUAAAGAAACUUAUUUCAUCAGGCAAUAGCAUCUAUGUGAAGACACUGCUAGAUGACAUUUGUUCCCUAUAUUUCAAAUAAAGCUCUAGCCUGAAGCAUGGUAGAAAAAAGUGGAUGGGGUUGGAGUUAGAAGAUAUACAGGAAUUUAAAUAAAACCUAGAUUUGAAAUAUAGCUUAACCACCAAAUAAACAGAAAUUUAGAUUAAUGGAUUAUCCUAUCCUUUAUGAACCCACAUUUUCAACUCGAUUAAGAUGUUCAACACUUGCAUACAUUAUAAAUAUAGUUGAUGCCACCAUGUAUCGUUAAUGUAAAUUUUUAAAGCAGUUAUAGAUCAAAGAACUGAGAAUCAAUUUUGAUUGGUCUGUAAUAACCAAGGAAAAUAUUAAUUGCCACAGUUGAUAUUUAUCAGAAUUCAGACUAGAGUUUUUAUAUUUGAAAAGGAUUAUAUUAAAAUUUUAAAUCUGAAUUGACAUCAAAUCUCAUGACCCAUUCAUUCUGUAGAAGACAAGCUACACAAAUGUAAUUUUCUUCUGCAAAGACUGGCGUAGUGUAUUGACCAUUAUAUACUAAUCUGUUAGACUGAACUGGGUAUCAGCGAAUGAAUGGAGAUGAGGCAACGUUUGGUAUGCAUGUUUUGUAAUGUAAAACAGGCCAUUUGAGUGCAACAGUUCAUGUACAUAUUUGUUCCCUGGUUUAUAGUUUGUAUGUUCACAUUUUUUUUUUAAGAACACAUCUGUGUAGGUAUGUACUUUCACAGUGAUCAAUACAAAGUAGAACAAAACUUCCACACAGUGGUUAUCUCCUGCUGACAUCAGAUCCCACAACUAAGAUGUGCCAAACAUUAGGCCAACAUUCAAAGCAUUUCAACAUUCAUCAGGUUGUCCAUAUUGGAAGGAUAUGUGCUUCAGUAUUAAAAAUAUAUUUGUCCAGGCUGAUUAAGUUGAAAUCAUUAGAAAAUAGAAGGAAUAAAUAUUUCAGUGUCUCUCCAAGGAAGAAGCUCUCCAUUUUAUCCCUGGGUUCAGGGUUCUCAGAUUUCCUCACAUUAUUAAUAGAAGUGUAUCCACCAGUGUCAACCUGUGCAAAAUUACAAGCAAUUGUUAAAACCUCCACAAUAAAUUGAUAGGUUACAUGCCAUUGCUACAGCAACUUCCAUAAUUAAGACAUCCUGAAGUGAAGUGUAGCCACGUAGCCACUGGUAUAACAUGACAGUGAUGAAUAGUAAUAUGGAUAAUGAUUGUUUAAUCUGUGUUAGCUGAAGUAUAAAUAUUGCCCUCAAUUCCCUUGUACGAUGAUGCUGCAGCUUUAAGAGGUGUGUUUUGUCCAUGUUUCUUUUAGAAAGACUUUGGGGACGGGUGUCGAGCAGUCUAAAAGAGGAUAAAUAACUUGAGGCCUUGGUGCUUUUUUUUUAAGAAGUUGGAGUGAUAGAAGCAGCCUGAAUAGGCAUGGCUCAAAUCCAGGAUUUUUAGUUAGCUUUCAGCAGUAGUUGCUGGGGUCUCUGCAGGGUUGAAAAGCAGUGAAUCUCUCCCAACUGCUGCCCUCUCUCACUGGGGAGCUGAAUGUAUCUCUUUCUUGCUGAUAGUGUUUCACACGUAAUUCUGUUUUACUGAAUUUGCCUUUUUGCCAAGGGUGUGUUUAUUGGAUGUUACUAACCAACUGUCCAAUAUGGUAAUUGCUACUGCAUCUAUUAAGUGUUUCAAUAGAGUUAAGUUUCCAAGUUCCUCGUUUUGUUGGAUUUUAACUGUAGUGCUUGAGUAAGUUUUGUUUAACAUCAAGUAGUUUGACCAAUUGAAUUACAUCUAGAACACAGCACCUCACUAAAAUAAGAAAAAGGUAGCGUCUAGGCUACCUUCUUAUCAUAUUUUGAAGAGAUUUGGUUUGAUCUAUAACACUUGCUACCCUUCAAAAUGUGCACUGGAUCUUUUAAGCCACCUAAGACAAAAUGUGAUGCAUCAGUUUGAUGUCUUACUGGAAAGCCAUGAGAUUAAAUUCACUUUAGGCCACUGUAUGAGUUUCACAACUGUCAUAUUUUAGCUGAUGAACAUAUUCCUUUUGUCCUCCACCCCCUUCUUUCUCUUAAUUAUCUCCUUCCUCUCCAGUUCUUUCACCCUUCCAUACAACAACAUGCCAGUUAGUUUAUGCCUGUGAUAGAAAUGCUUUCAGAAACAAUAUUGUCGGACAAAACUAAUCAUUAGCUGGAUGUAUAAUUUAGUUAAGGACAGCCAGUGUGGAUUUGUCAAAGGCAAAGCAUGUCUAACUAACUUGAUUUUUGAUCAGGUAGCAAGACGGUCGAUGACGGCAGUGCAAUCUAAAUGGACUUCCAAAAGAUAUUUGAUAAGUGCCACUCAAGCUUGCCAUUUGAAGUUCAUGAAAUAAAAAAAAGUGAAAACAUGAUACAAAAUUGGUCCAGUGAGAGGAAAGAGUGAACAAUUGUUUCAUUGUGAAGUUACAAUGGUGGAGUUUCCAGGCAGUUGACAUUAGGGCUGUUGUAUUUUUCUACAUCAUUCUCAGAUCUGAAUGCAUAUUUACGGAUUAUCUAAAACUUGGAAGUAUGAUGAGCUUCAGGGAGGCCAUCAAAUGGGUUGACGUGAUGUAUGAAACGAUAUAUUUUGAUAGGAAGAACCAGAGAAGAAAUUAUGAAAAAUAGUUCUAAAGAGGUCUAGCAACAGGAAGUAUAAAUGCACAUACUGUUGAAGGUGGCAGGGUGGGUUAGAUGUGGUUAAACAGAAUCCUGGAUUUUAUAAACAGGGUACGGGCCUGGAACUUUAGCUACCAACACAGGCAACUUGAGUCAGGACCUGCCUCUGCGAAGGGGCCUCAAAUAGUGGUAGCUUCUGCUUCAAAUGGGUAUAGGAUAAAUUCAAGCCCAUCAACCCAGUGUGCACUAUUUACAUGACCCCAUGGGAUGGAAGUACUAAGAGAUGAAAAGAAAUCCAUUCUUAUAUAAAAGUGUCAAACAUUCAAGAAUAAAGAGCUUCAAAUCCCUCCAUUUUGUCAAAAAAAAAUUAGCAAAAGAGAUCACAGCAAGAACAGGCAAUACUGAAAAAACAAGCAAACACAAUAUUUCUAUGGUUGCUUUUUCAUAAUUAUUCGUGAGGUUGUUAAAUAUUUGAACAAAAAAGGGUUAAUUAUGUGUAUUACUCAUUUAACACAAGCAAUUUUACGUUUGAAGAGCCAAAAAUUACAUGUUACUUACCCGAGUAUACUUGUUAAAGUUUUGGAGAAUUUGCCAGCCCCAAUCCUGGUAUUUUUUAUCACGUGUAAAUCUAUACAUAUAGAAAAGGCUUUCUACUGUCUCAGGUCUUAGAAGGUUGUGUCUGUCUGCAGGCUGUCAAAAAGAUUUACUGUUAUCUGAAACAGCACUUUGAAAAGCCAUUAUAACGAUACACAAGCGACAUCUAAGUGUGUAACUCCCAUAUGUGAAAAGUGAGGACUCACUGAAUUAGCAACAACAAAGUUUAUACUGUAUUGGCAUGGCUAUUCACGUUCUAAGAAUUUUUAAUCAACGUGUUCAGAGAUGUUACGGUACACUUCUGGACCAGGUGGGACUUGAACUCAGGUCUUCUGGUUCAGAGGUGGGGAUUCUCACUUUCACUGACUGAUUGUUGCUAGUAUGUCUUUUGGUACAUCAUUCCAGCAUUGCGGGGAGCUGUUAAUUCUGUUCCUUGAAACAAAGCACCAGCAUUCCAAAACUGCAAUCUGUAUUAUGCUCAUUGAUUUACACUAGUUAAUGUUAAUCUCGACAUUAAAUCAAACACAGUGAAUUAAUGUCUAUUCUGUGUCAGUUUCAUGGACAAUGUUCACCACCUAGGACAACAAUGUUCAAAAGACACAGCACAGCAACACUUUUGAUUCUAUUACUUCUCCAUUGCUUGAAGUUUACAUGUAGUGAGAAUUUUUACAAGGACCUUGUCAAGAUUUUUGACUGAAACAUUUAUCUGAUGUGACUUUUAGUUAUAAAAAUGAUCCAUGAAUUGUCAAUAGACAGGAUUGCAUGGGGUUGAAUACAACAAAUAUUUGUAAGGAUUCAAUGUCAAUCAUAAAUACUAAGUACCAUGGACUACAUUUUUCUUUAAAAAAAGAAUUCCCACUGCACCUACCUUAACUUCUACAUCUUGGGUAUUGUGUGGACUCAGAUUGAAGUGUACAAUUUCCGGGCUUAGUCCAGUUUCUAUUUGUGCAUACAUUUGAUAACAGGUUUCCAUCAGUUCUUUUGCCAGUUCCAUGUGAUCUGCAUUCAGUCCAUAGUGAGCUCCUAAAGCUAGGGUCCCAGGGAGGAAACACACCAAAUGAUCCUUUAAAAACAAGGAAGAAAUGACUCAUCAUCAUCUAUACUGGCAAUACACAAACUUCUUGGUACAUCAAUGAGAAAUGCCUUGAUUUUAAUAGAAAAUCAGAGGCAGAUUUGACUUCAAACUAUACAACAAAAAUGACAUUUUAGUCCCAAAUCCAUAACAGUCAAAAGUACACUGAGGACAGAACUUUUUUCAGCAACACCAGUUUUGGCACUCUAAUCACACAAGUUACUGUUUGCAUUGGUUUCUGUCACACACAAAGACUUUUUUAAAAAAUGCAAAUAAAGUAUAAAAGUUGAAAUGCACUGUACUGAAGAGUUACAUAGUUUAGGAGAAAAGACAAGUUUUGAUUUUUUAUUUAAAUAUUAACUGAUAAUUGGCGCAGGACAGUUCCAUUAAAACCUCAAAGGCAAAUAACCAAAUACUGAGCACAGAUUAUAGGUCUUGGCAUAAACAAAAACCCUGUAAUAUUCCCAGAAGUAGCAAUGAUUGUCUGAUUUUUGUUCCAUUUGAACAAUGAAUCAAUAAUUACACCUACUGUGUCACCUAAAUGAAAAAUAUUUCUCUCCACAAGUAGAUCUAAUUUUUAAAGCAUAAUGAACAUUAUAUUACAGCCUGCUUAAUUUGAUUUCUGCUGGACUGGGUUCUGUAACCUGUAUCCUUCAGUUGCACUAAACCCAACUCUCAUACAAGAUCCAGCUUAACAUGUGUCUUCAAUUUUGCCAAUGAGUUAGUAUCAGAAAAUGUAAAUUCAAACAGCUUGCUUGUUUACCUUCAGAUCAAUAUUGCACACAAGUGAAACAUAUAAAAAAUGCUUACAGACACUGUGACCUAAAUAAAUUAAUGACAGUUCCAACUUCUUAAAACAUAUUUGGUCCAGUAAUUAGAGACAUAAGUUACAUGGAUAGAUUGGAGAAGCUGAGAGUUGUUCUUACAGGAGAGGAAGUUGAGCUGAAGAAAUCUCCCUUUCUUUGCCAAGUAUCAGUUAACUGAACCAACCUGAAUGCCAUAUUUGAUCAUGGCCACAUGCAAUGCCAAAGUACCAUGAAGAAAAAAAAUCAUUUUCAGAUGCUCACUGCCCUCUUAGUUUCACGAACACAGUCUAAAAGUGUUAAACAAGACUCAAAUGAAAAAUAUGUAAUGUGCCACUAAUUUAGCAUUUUUUAAUUAAGAAAUUCAGUAAUACUAGCUGAGAGAUACGUGACUUACUAAUGAAAGGUCAGAAAUCACAAAACACCAGAUUAUAGUCCGACAGAUAUAUUUGAAAACACAAGCUUUUGGAUUCUUACAUCUGAAGGAGGGGGUAAGACUCCAAAGCUUGGGUUUUCAAAUAAGCCUGUCGGGCUAUUACCUGGUGUCAUGCGAUUUCUGACCUUGUCCACGCCAGUCCCAACACCAGCAACCUCCAUAUCAUUUCUAACAAAAGGCCUUUUUAUCCAUUUAAACAUUAAAGUUAACCACCACGAGCUUUCCCAAAUAUACUUCAAGUUCUAUUUUACCUUUUCCAUUUUAUGCAUUAACUUCUUAACAAGCCAACAAAUUGAAGGAGUAUUUACUGUCUGCCAUCACACUUUGGGCAUUUGUUGAUCACAGGAAUUAGUGAAAUUCACAGGUGUUUAAUAAACAUAAAUGAUGUGUGAUCUUAAAUGUUCAUUCUUUGUUGAUUUAUGGCAAUGUAUGCUGGAUAAUGUAUGAACAAAAACAAUGCGAUUUUAAAAGAAUGAAAUAUUGCUAUAAACCAGUAACCGGUUAUGUUAUUUGAAAAUACAUCAACUAAUAUAACAUCAAAAACCUGUGGCUAUUCUGUUCUACAAACAUUAUGCAUUCAUAAUAAAUUCAGUCAUUACACCAUUUGGUCCACUAAGUCUAUGCCCUACUCUUCAUAGGAUAAUCAAAUCAGUCCCAUUGCCCUCAAGUGCCUAAUUCUUCUCCAGUUCAUUACCACUUGCUGCAUAGAAAAUUUCUUCUUCACAUCUCCAUGCAUUUCAUGUCAAAAACCUAAAUUCUAUGUUCCUUCGCCCUUGUACCACCAGCUCUUGGGAACAGUUUUUCUGUCAACAUAAUCUUGCAAACCUUAUCAACUCUCUCCUCAAUUUCUGUUGUUACUUGGAAAAUAACUUCAACUUAAUCUUACAGGUAAAAUCCCCCAUUCCUGGAACCAUUCUUGUAAAUUUCCUUUCCAGCCUUGCACCUCACCUUGGUUGAUGUAAUAUUUUACAUGUGGUCUAACUGGAGCUUUAUGAAGAUAUAGUAUAAUUCCCCCACUUUUGUACAUGAAAUCUCUGUGAAACCCAAGAUUUUUCAUUGUAGAUAACAAUUAAGUAAAGUGCAAGUCCAACCGACAACAAUUAAACAGAGUUUGCAUUUUAUAAAUUAUUAUUUCAUGGGAUGUGGACAUCUCUAGCUAGGGCAGAAUUUAUCAGCUAUCCUUAUUUACUCAGAGGGCAGUUAAGAUUGACAUUGCUAUAGGUCUGAAAUCAUAUGCAGGCCAGAACAGAUAUGGACAGCAGAUUUCCUUCCUUAAGGCACGUCAAUGAAUCAGAUGGGCUUUCCCACAAUCGGCAAUGGUUACAUGUAAUUAGGGGAGCUCCUUAUUCCAGACUUUAUUGAAUUCAAAGUCCAUUAUCUGCCAUGAUUGGGAUCCCAAACUUGGCCUAGGGUUCUAGAUUGCUACUCCAGUGAUAUUUCCACUAUUCCAAUACCUCCAUCCAAAAUACUAAUUCUGCAAGAACA